AUGAUAAAAGUGAUCAUUUUGUUUAAUGUUAUCGAAUCAUCAUCAUCAUCAUCAUCAUCAUCAUCAUCAUCAUCAUCAUCAUCAUCAUCAUCAUCAUCAUCAUCAUCAUCAUCAUCAUCAUCAUCAUCAUCAUCAUCAUCAUCAUCAUCAUCAUCAUCAUCAUCAUCAUCAUCAUCAUCAUCAUCAUCAUCAUCAUCAUCAUCAUCAUCAUCAUCAUCAUCAUCAUCAUCAUCAUCAUCAUCAUCAUCAUCAUCAUCAUCAUCAUCAUCAUCAUCAUCAUCAUCAUCAUCAUCAUCAUCAUCAUCAUCAUCAUCAUCAUCAUCAUCAUCAUCAUCAUCAUCAUCAUCAUCAUCAUCAUCAUCAUCAUCAUCAUCAUCAUCAUCAUCAUCAUCAUCAUCAUCAUCAUCAUCAUCAUCAUCAUCAUCAUCAUCAUCAUCAUCAUCAUCAUCAUCAUCAUCAUCAUCAUCAUCAUCAUCAUCAUCAUCAUCAUCAUCAUCAUCAUCAUCAUCAUCAUCAUCAUCAUCAUCAUCAUCAUCAUCAUCAUCAUCAUCAUCAUCAUCAUCAUCAUCAUCAUCAUCAUCAUCAUCAUCAUCAUCAUCAUCAUCAUCAUCAUCAUCAUCAUCAUCAUCAUCAUCAUCAUCAUCAUCAUCAUCAUUCAUUCAUUCAUUCAUUCAUUCAUUCAUUCAUUCAUUCAUUCAUUCAUUCAUUAUUUUAAUAUUCGAAAUAAGAAGUGUCGUUUCUAAACAGAAGCAAGAAGAAGAACAACAACGACCACCACCACCACAACAACAUGAACGACAACAAGAAGAACUAGAGGAUGAAGAAGAAGAGGAACAGGAAAUUGACACAUUGAAUGAAUGA